CUGCUACAGAAAUUAUUUUUUCUUGUUGAUAAAUAAUAAAUUGUUUAUUUUAAUUAAGUUUAGACUAUAGUUAAAAAGAAAAAUGGAGAUUUAUUUUUGAAUUUGAUCAAUGUUAUUAAAGAAUAUAGUCAGCACUGUUCAAGAACAAGCCGUUGAAAAGUUUCAAGCCGUUGAAGAGCUACAAGUUUUGAGCUGUUUUGGCGCUAGUUUACCUCGUUGCUAUUGCUAUUUUAUUAUUUAUUAGAAUAUGUGUGUUGACUGUCUUAUAAUUUGAACUGUAUUUUAGUUUUGUGUGAAAAUCUACUGUGAUAUUUGUGUUUAUAAAACUUGUAAAGUUGUAAAGAUUUAAAAUGAAUUCCUACGACAUGCUUGAGAAGAUCGGUGAGGGAACCUAUGGUGUAGUCUACAAGGCUAAAAACUUGAAAACAGGAACUCUUUGUGCCAUCAAGAAAAUUCGUAUUGAAAAUGAAGACGAAGGCGUGCCUCCGACUACAAUUCGUGAGAUUUCACUGCUGAAAGAACUGGAACAUCCAAACAUUGUAACCUUGCACAAAGUAGUGAUGGAAGACAACCGCCUGUAUUUGGUAUUUGAAUUUCUUUGUAUGGACUUAAAAAAAUACUUGGACUCAUUGGACACUGAUCAGCUAGUGAAACCCAGUCAUGUCAAAUCGUAUCUUUAUCAGAUUAUUCAAGCAAUUCUGUUUUGUCAUAAGAGACGUGUGAUACAUCGAGAUUUGAAACCUCAAAACUUGUUGAUUGACAGUCAUGGAACCAUCAAGGUGGCCGAUUUUGGAUUGGGCCGUGCGUUCGGGGUUCCGGUCAGGGUGUUUACCCACGAAGUGGUUACUCUGUGGUACAGGGCGCCCGAAGUAUUGCUCGGGUGUUCGAGAUACGCUUGCCCCAUUGACAUCUGGUCAAUUGGAUGCAUCUUCGCAGAAAUGGCUACUAGGAAGCCGCUCUUCCAGGGUGACUCUGAAAUAGAUCAGCUCUUCAGAAUAUUCAAGAUUCUCAGCACACCGAACGAGACCAGUUGGCCAGGAGUGUCAGAGCUGCCAGACUACAAGCCCAUAUUUCCCAACUGGACCACCAACACUCUCAAUCAACAGGUAAAGAAUAUCAGUAAAGACGGUCUUGAUCUAUUGCAAAAAAUGCUCGUCUAUGACCCCUCUGCUCGCAUCUCUGCCAAGGAAUCUAUCAAACAUGAAUAUUUCAAAGACUUGGACAAAUCACGUCUGCCCGGUGCUGAUAUCUACGAUUAAUCUCUUCCAUUUUAUCAUGUUUUACUCGCUUUACUUCUUAUAAGACUUCUACUCUUGUGAUGCAAUUUUUAAAAUACAUUUUCAAUAUUAUUCUUACAUUGUCUUUACUUCACAAGAGAAUUUGCGCUUGAAUGACAAACUGAAUUUAUAAAUUAAACAUAUCAAUAGAAUUUUUAUGUUUUUUACCAAAUAUGCCCACAGAAGGCUAGUUUAAUAGUGAAAGUUUCCAACUUAAUAGGCCUACUCCUGACUUUGUUGAUAUUAAUGGUAGGUUUUUUUUUAAAGAAGUAAACUUAACAAUUGAGGAACAACUAAUCAACAACCCACAAAAAAGACUGAAAGGUGUGAAGUACCCACUGUAAAUGAAUUUGUGGCUCCUCAUGAUUUGGUUUUUCAAUUGGACAUGAUUAGUUAAUCUAGGCUCUAUAUAAAAAACUAUCCUAAAGACCCAAACCUAUUCCAGCUAUAGAAUUUUAAAAUAAUUACCAACUCAUUCCAAAAAUUUUAGUCAUUAUUUGUCAAUUCUAAUAUUACACUUCUUCAUUAUAUGCUUUUUGAAUUUCAAUUUUUGGUAUUAUUACAAUAUUCUAUUCUCAUAAAAUGUAAUAUCACCAUUUUCAAUAUCAGACAGCUUGUCAGUAUUACUAGUAAGUAAUAUGUAAUUGCCUCAGUAUCCUAUGCUCUAAAUAAUUACAGUAAUAGGCCAAAUAAUAUUGUUUGUUGGUUAGGCUUUAUUGAUAUUUAUGCAGUUUCUCUAUGUACCUAUUUUUCAGUUAUGUUAUCUCUGAUAUAAUACCUUAACCGUAAAUAUCGUGUUUUACAACAUUACUGUAAUGUGAAUGAUCCUUUUGUAUAAAAAAUGAAGUAUGUACACAAUAAUUAAUUGCAUUCCGAAAUACAAUCAAGCGAGUCCUCCAUCAUUUAGGGUAAUGUUUUAGUGUAUAAAAAAUGUUUUUCUGUAAAAUUCUUCAUUAGCUUUACUUUACCUUCUUGUAUCGAAUAUUCUAUUUUAUUAUAAUAAUCUCGUUUCAUAUCGUUGAUACCUGUCAAUUAAAUGACAUUGGAUAAAAAA